CUACUCACUAGAGCCCAGCCCCUCUCCGACCCCUCGACGCUACAGACACCAUAACCAUCCCACACUAAACACAAAUGGACUGACAGACAGAUGGUCAGCCGUUCUGCUGUCAUGCUAAAGACUAAGGAACAGAGAAAGGCAGACCGAAACCGUUUUUCCCACCUGCUAAUGAGUUAGACACAGUAAAUGGACCCGCUCACCUACAAUAACGCUCAAUAGAUAAAUCAUUAGACGAAGGUAAUAUGGAGAGAGAGACGUUCUGCCUCAGUGGAGGUAAAGAAGAGAGGGAUCAGAGAGAGGCGACGAUGAAAGACAGAUCACGGGAAAGUGUGAAGAUGUUACAGAAAGGUAGUCAGAAAGAGUCUCUCUUCCUCUGUUUGUUAUUGGUGUCCUGUCCUCCCUUUCUCAGGUCAGAGUACAGUAGUUGUGGAGAGUUUGAGUUCUACAACCAGACCCUCAGUAGCUGCCAGCCCUGCCCACCAUGCCAACCUGGACAGGAGCCCCGCAUGAACUGUGGCUAUGGGACUAAGGAUGAGGACUAUGUGUGUGUGUCGUGCCCGCCGGGGAAGUACUCGAAGGGAAAGUAUGAGAUCUGCAGGAGACAUAAGGACUGUGAAGGUCUGUACCGUGCUACAGUACUCAAACCUGGGACACCAGACAAUGAUGCAGACUGUGGACCCUGCUUACCUGGGUAUUACAUCCAGGAGAACCGUCCCAGGAACCUGUAUGGGAUGGUCUGUCACUCGUGUCAAAAUGCACCGCGCAACACUAAAGAGUGCAUGCUUACCAAAGUUGUGCUGUCAGGCAAAGCCCCCAGUGUCUCAACCAGCAGUACCACCAUGUUCCCUCACCCUCACAAAGACCCCACAGGACAGGGUCACCUAGCAACUGCUCUCAUCAUCGCCAUGUCAACCAUCUUCAUCAUGGCCAUCGCCAUUGUCCUCAUCAUCAUGUUCUACAUCCUCAAAGCCAAGCCCAGCGGACAGGCAUGCUGCUCUGGUCAGGUGGUGAAGGCUGUGGAGGCUCAGACCAACAAACAGGAGGAUAAGAAAGAUGUUCCAGACAAUGUUGUAAUUUUCUCCGAAAAGGAUGAAUUUGACAAACUCAAACCUACGCCUCCGAAGACAGUGAAAAGUGAGAAUGAUGCAUCGUCAGAGAACGAGCAGCUGUUGAGUCGUAGUAUGGAUAGUGAUGAGGAGGCAGCAUUGGAGAGGCAGGGGGCAGCUGAUCCUAACCCCAGCCUCUGUCUCCUGAACCUGGGAACCAAGCCGGACCUCUGCCUGCUUUCCCUGGGGCUCCUCAACAAGGAUAAGACUGGAUCCAACCCCACCAGCCCUAUCAACACUAACAACAUUAGCAAUAGCAAUGCAAACAUCAUCAAUAACAACAAGGCUACAGGGAUUCAGAGCCGGAGGAAAAAGAUCCUGGAUCUGUAUGCAAGAGCCUGCAAUGUGGCCGAGGGUCUAAGUCCUACAGAACUACCAUUUGACUGUCUAGAGAAGGCCAGUCGGAUGCUGAGCUCCUCCUACAGUAGCGAGGCAGCCGUGGUGAAGACCUGGAGACACCUGGCAGAGAGCUUUGGCCUGAAGAGGGAUGAGAUCGGAGGGAUGAGUGACGGCCUGCAGCUGUUUGAGAGGAUCAGUACAGCCGGAUACAGCAUCCCAGACCUGCUCACCAGACUGGUGCAGAUAGAGAGACUGGAUGCUGUGGAGUCACUAUGUUCUGAUGUACUGGGAGGAGGAGAUACAAACACUGUCCCUCUGUCCUCACCACGGUGUGCAAGCGUCUGACUCCAUAUACACACUAAUGUUCACACACACUCAUAUACACACAUGCAAUAGACGCAUGUGCAUAUACCCGCACAUACAUUCAGAAACAAACAGUUUUAGCCCUCAACAUGAAGAAUGUCAGCAGGCCUCUCCAGAUCCCAAAUCUCUCUCCUCCUCGUCUCUCUGUCUUCCUCUGGCAAAGGACUGGCAAUUAACCUUGCUCGACAAAAGCUUUUUAUAACCUUCUUUAACAUUUUUGCUAUUGUUUACAUAGAUCACAUGUAGUACAUUUCAUAAUAUCAGAUUUUAAAAAUGGCAUAAUGGACCUCUGCCAGGACCCCUGUGGCCCCAGACCCUCUAUUACCCCACCUGCCCCCAGCGGUCAGCUGCUGCCACUGGCUCUAAUUGGUUAUCGUGUGGCGGUCUGGUAUAAUAGUGUUGUGGUUCACAGUCGAGACUUUCAGCACCUAAUUAACCACUAAAACCAAUGAACCAGUAAAGACCAGAUGCCAGAGACUAUUAAAGAGACUGCUAACAGACUAGGCCUACUGCAGCCUGAGGAAUGCAGGGAGACAAAACUCCAGGAGACCCAGCACUGAGCAACGCUAUUGUCAGCCGGGCUCUGACACUAUGCUGGGUGAUUCCACAGGAUGGCAGCCAUUUUGUGCCAAAAAGCUCAGCACAUACAGUGGGGAGAACAAGUAUUUGAUACACUGCCGAUUUUGCAGGUUUUCCUACUUACAAAGAAUGUAGAGGUCUUUGUAUGAUUUUUAAGGAAUUCAUUUGCAUUUUAUUGCAUGACAUAAGUAUUUGAUACAUCAGAAAAGCAGAACUUAAUAUUUGGUACAGAAACCUUUGUUUGCAAUUAUAGAGAUCAUACGUUUCCUGUAGUUCUUGACCAGGUUUGCACACACUGCAGCUGGGAUUUUGGCCCACUCCUCCAUACAGACCUUCUCCAGAUCCUUCAGGUUUCGGGGCUGUCGCUGGGCAAUACGGACUUUCAGCUCCCUCCAAAUAUUUUCUAUUGGGUUCAGGUCUGGAGACUGGCUAGGCCACUCCAGGACCUUGAAAUGCUUCUUACAGAGCCACUCCUUAGUUGCCCUGGCUGUGUGUUUUGGGUCGUUGUCAUGCUGGAAGACCCAGCCACGACCCAUCUUCAAUGCUCUUACUAAGGGAAGGAGGUUGUUGGCCAAGAUCUUGCGAUACAUGGCCCCCAUCCAUCCCCCCCUCAAUACGGUGCAGUCGUCCUGUCCCCUUUGCAGAAAAGCAUCCCCAAAGAAUGAUGUUUCCACCUCCAUGCUUCAAGGUUGGGAUGGUGUUCUUGGGGUUGUACUCAUCCUUCUUCUUCCUCCAAACACGGCGAGUGGAGUUUAGACCAAAAAGCUCUAUUUUUGUCUCAUCAGACCACAUGACCUUCUCCCAUUCCUCCUCUGGAUCAUCCAGAUGGUCAUUGGCAAACUUCAAACGGGCUUGGACAUGCGCUGGCUUGAGCAGGGAGACCUUGCACGCGCUGCAGGACUUUAAUCCAUGACUGCGUAGUGUGUUACUAAUGGUUUUCUUUGAGACGGUGGUCCCAGCUCUCUUCAGGUCAUUGACCAGGUCCUGCCGUGUAGUUCUGGGCUGAUCCCUCACCUUCCUCAUGAUCAUUGAUGCCCCACGAGGUGAGAUCUUGUAUGGAGUCCCAGACCGAGGGUGAUUGACCGUCAUCUUGAACUUCUUCCAUUUUCUAAUAAUUGCGCCAACAGUUGUUGCCUUCUGACCAAGCUGCUUGCCUAUUGUCCUGAAGCCCAUCCCAGGUCUACAAUUUUGUCCUUGUGUAGGUCUACAAUUUUAUGCCUGAUGUCUUUACACAGCUCCCUGUUCUUGGCCAUUGUGGAGAGGUUGGAGUCUGUUUGAUUGAGUGUGUGGACAGGUGUCUUUUAUACAGGUAACGAGUUCAAACAGGUGCAGUUAAUACAGGUAAUGAGUGGAGAACAAGAGGGCUUCUUAAAGAAAAACGAACAGGUCUGUGAGAGAUGGAAUUCCUACUGGUUGGUAGGUGAUCAAAUACUUGUCAUGCAAUAAAAUGCAAAUUAAUUACUUAAAAAUCAUACAAUGUGAUUUUCUGGAUUUUUGUUUUAGAUUCUGUCUCUCACAGUUGAAGUGUACCUAUGAUAAAAAAUUACAGAACUCUACAUGCUUUGUAAGUAGGAAAACCUGCAAAAUCAGCAGUGUAUCAGAUACUUGUUCUGCCCACUAUAUCAGCUAAUGGUGAUAAGCUCCCAGCUACAGACAUUUCAGGAACAAGAGAAACCUCCUGUGUGUUUGGUUUAUAGUGUUUUAACAGUGCCUUUCUAUACCUCCAAGAAUGCUUUUUCGGUUGAGUGACGGGAAGCACACUCACAUUGCUCAGUGUGUCUUCACUGCUCUGGUGUUUUAAGUUAGCCACGUUUAAAGGGGCUGGACUCCGGUAGUGUAUAUGAAUAAUAAAUGUGCAUGUUCAAUGUUCAUCAUUUAGCACGUAUCCAUAACAGCUUCUUUAAGUUUCUCCUUGUUUUUAUCAAUUCAAACACAGCGUCAACAGAAAGCUAGUGGUUUAGGUAGGUAGUUUAGUGACAGAAGAUGACUGACUGUACUGUAUGUGCAGAACCUGGACCUCUUACCUCAGGAUCACAAACGCUCCACAGACUAAACUUUAGAAACAAUGGAAACAAAAACUAUUUUAUGGAAACAAAUGGAAAUGUAUAUAUAACUUAUUAUUGUACAUACUGUAUGCAUCAAUAAAGAAGUAUCAAUUUAAAAA